UUUAUGAAUUUAGAACUGAUAAUUAAAACGGUCGGUAAUCGGAAAACAUUUAUUUUUGAAGUGGUUGUUUGAAAGAUCUAGGUUAAUCUAUUGUAUAGUAUAGGCCAGAAAUUAAAAAAAAUACAAUGUCCCAGUUAUUCAAAUUCUUGAGUGCAAAUGAACUAAUGUCUCUAGAAACAAUAUGUAUUCAGAUCGUAAAAUAAAGACAUAUCCUCAAACCUGCCAUCUCUGCUCUUUAUUUUUGAUGAAGCUGUCAUGGACACAAUUCAAGAGAUGCAAAUUAUAAACAAUAAACAACAAAAAAAUUGUUCCUGAAAAUUGAAGAUAGUUUUAGCGAUAGAUAGUUUUUAGUUAGAUGGCGUUUGUUACCAACAACCUGUAAGUUUAUUGAGCAAAUGUUCAGAAACCUUCACCUUCGCACGCCGAAACACAUUUCUACGGUUACGAUCCCAUUUCAACAGUAACCAAUGUAGCUUUUGCCCCGAUAUGUGCAAUGAUGAGUUCCAUCACGUGCUGAUCCCUUCUCGUUCAGAGUCAAACCUAAAAACUGUCCUGCAGAAGUUAAACAGUCCCACUUCCCAGUGGAGCAGUUAUCCUACAUGCGACAAAUGUCACCAAGAAUUCAGAACCGUCCACAACAUUCCCGAGAGCUGCUUCCAAAUUUUGCCCAGCGUCAAACCGACUGAUGACAUCAAGAUGGAUCCAGAGUUAAUAAUUGAUGAUCACGACUUGUUGAAUAAUGACAACAUUUUUGAGAGAAACUCAACAGUAGAUUCUGCACCGAUUGAACCAAAAGAUGAAAUGCGAAUCAAGGGAGAAAACGGAGAGGUAUUCUUCAUCAACGAAAUGAACGAAGAAGACUACAAUAUAUCACUAAUUUCGGUUGCUAGAACAAAUACUCAAAGUAAAGGUGAUCUGGAUGCUUCACAGAUAGAAGUUCACUCAUCUUCGGUACGGCAUAAAUGUAAGGAAGACUCCACGGAUGAAAGUUUGACGAAGGACCAUACACAGUCACACACGGGUGAACGUCCCUAUCCUUGUCCACAUUGUGCGAAAACAUUCAAGCGACCUGCAACGCUCGAGCAGCACGUUCGAACUCAUACUGGUGAACGUCCCUAUUCUUGUCCACAGUGUCCGAAAGCGUUUGGACAACGUACAACGCUUCAACUGCACAUUCGAACUCAUACGGAUGAACGCCCUUAUUCUUGUUCACAUUGUUCGAAAACAUAUAGGACACACUCAACACUCAAACAGCACAUUCGAACUCACACGGGCGAACGUCCUUAUACUUGUUCACAUUGUCCAAAAGCGUUUGGACAACGAACAACGCUCCAACUGCACAUUCGAACUCAUACGGAUGAUGGCUCAUACUCUUGUCCACAUUGUCCGAAAACGUUCCAAAAGCGUAAAACGCUUUCACUGCACUUUCGAGCUCAUACGGGUGACCGUCCCUACUCUUGUCCACAUUGUCCGAGAGCAUUCAAGCAACCUACAUCGCUCAAACAGCACGUUCGAACUCAUGCAGAAGAACGUCCAUUUUCUUGUCCACACUGUCCGAAAGCGUUCAAGAAGCGUAAACUGCUCUUAAAGCACAUUAAAACUCAUGCGGAUUCGUUGCAAACGACGAAACAGUGAUUUGAAUGCUUAAAUGUGAGAAAGGUUUCGCGCACGAUGGUUUGAUGAAAGACCACAUAGGAUUACACACGGGAGAGAACCCGUUUAGAUGUGAAAAAUGGGGAAAAAUAUUUGGUUCAAAUAAAAACAUAAACCUCACGUUUUGACUUAUACGGAUUAGUGAAAACGAGCUCUAUUCCAUGAACAUCUUAGCAGGAUCAUUUCUUUGAUCAGCUUUGAGUGAGUUGGGCCCCUAUUUUUCCCCACGGUUACAUCAUCUUCGUAGAAAAAUCAUCAAGGUUCCCGAUAUCAGCUCGAAGCAGUAAAUUUAUUGGUUUAAUUUAAUAUAAUAGGGUAAUUCAACUUCUAAUCUGUAAGUAGGUUUUUCAAAU